AUGUCGUGGCAGGCGUACGUGGAUGAUCACUUGAUGUGCGACAUCGACGGCCACCACCUGACAGCGGCGGCCAUCGUCGGUCACGACGGUAGUGUGUGGGCCAAGAACUCCAGCUUCCCUCAGUUUAAGGCAGAAGAAGUGGCAGCGAUAAUGAAAGAUUUCGAUGAGCCAGGGUCUCUUGCCCCAACUGGACUGCACCUUGGUGGUACAAAAUAUAUGGUUAUUCAGGGCGAGAGUGGGGCUGUGAUUCGUGGAAAGAAGGGAUCUGGUGGCAUUACUGUGAAGAAAACUGGCCAGGCUAUGAUUAUAGGUAUAUACGAUGAGCCGAUGACACCCGGACAGUGUAACAUGAUAGUGGAGAGAUUGGGUGAUUAUCUUAUUGAUCAAGGCCUAUAGGAAAGCCUUGACAUUAUGGUUUGCAUACAAGUAUUGAGGCUUUCUUGUACUUCCUGCUAUGAACUUGAACUGGCACCGGAGUUGCUGCGGAAAAUAACGAUAUUCCAACAAUGAGAUGGAAGCAAUGACUCUUUACCGGUGUGCCAAGAUUGUUUUUAAUAUUUCCGACUUUGUAUUUAUUAACCAAAUUUUGAGAGUGAUUUUUCAAGUAUGUAUUUUGUUGUGAUAAAUUUUUGUAUUGUU